AUGCCAUUUGAAACUCCUUUGGGAGACAUUUUUUCUUUGGAAGUUAUAUCGCUUUCAAAAGUCAACGUUGUCUUUCUUGGAUUUUUCUUUUCAUGUUUGGCUUUAUAUUUUGUCAAUUGCGUGCUACAAUGGCAGUUAGGUGUGCAGUUUUCAAUCUUGUCUAUUUUAAGAGGCCGGUUGACCAAUAUAAUCUACUCAAACUCUGAUUUUUCUGUAUCCAUUAAAUCCAUAAAGAUUAGAGUUAAUUGGUUUGAACGUAAGGAACAGUUUCUGUUGAUUGCUGUGUCCCAUGUUAAGAUUGAGAUAAUUUCUUCCACCAACACUAACAGCACUGAACAAAAUAUUCACAAAGAAAACAAAAACGAAAUCACUCAAUCUGAAUUCGAAGAAUAUCUGUACUUCUAUCCCAAAAACCUAUGGAAGAAACGGGUGGUGUCGUUUUUCUUGAGGCAUGUCUCAAAUUUCACAAUUCUAACCAAGACUAUUUCAGUUAGUUAUCAUGAUCAGCCUGAGCUUCAAGUUUUUUGUCAUCAGUUGUCUUCAAAGGCCAGUUUUGCUAACAUUUCAACUUCAUCUAACACCCUUGCUCUCAGAAUUUCAUUAGUAGUAGAACUGGAUCGAUUGUUUUUGGAGGCCACUGAUCAAUUUUCUGAUCAAACGCUAGUUGAUCGGAUCACGUUUAAAACUCCUAUCUUCUUGGAUUUGAAGAAAGGUUUUCUUUCUGAAAUUGCUCCUAUCCUGGUGAUACACUCAAUGAAGGUACCGUACUAUAGAUUCUUGGUACUGUUUCAAAAGAAUCUAAAAUUUUUUUCGGAAGGUAAGAGCGCUUCUAAUUUACAAUUACAAGUUUCCCACAAAAUGGCAUUUAGAGAGAGGCUUGAGAAACAGCUGAAGAUAGUGCAGUUUUUUAAAACAUUGUUUUUUAAGGUUGAAGUUUUAGUUAACGACCUUUCAAUCGAUUGCGUCCCGAUAAUACAUCACGAUGACCUCAGACUAGCUCACUGUCUUUCUUUUCUACAAGAUGAUAAUGUUAUUUUUCUUAACUUUGGGUUCAAGUCAAUAAACCUUUAUCUAUCAAGACUACAACCCACAGAUACAGGAUACGAUAUUCACUUUGAUCGACCAGCUACACCACUACGUUUAAUGAUGACCGUACUAGAAUCAGUCAUUGAAGCCGAUUUUGCCAAUACGAAUUAUUUUCAACCUCAUGAUCUUGAUUGUUCCAAAACUUAUGAACUUUUCAGAGUUCCGAACGUAAACUUCACAACACAUUUGAGCGGGUUUAGUGAAGCGUUUAGAUACUUGGAUGAAGGUGUGCUUUCAAAAACUCAAUGGUUAAGCAACCUGAUUGUGUCUAAUCCAAUUCUAGAUGUUGGAACUGAUAAGUUAGCUUUUGUAGUAAGGUCAUUUCUCAAUCUUCGAAGACCUUCGCAAGAUACAAAGAAUAAUAAACUUGAUAAAGAAGAGUCAAUAUUUUCGAAGUACUUUUUCUUUUCUUCAAACAUAUGGCCAUAUCUUUCCUUCAAUCUACUAAUUAGAGAUCCAAUGCUUGUGCUGAAGCGAAUCAACACGGAGAGCAACAUGUCGAAUUUGGUUAUCGCUUCCUUUUCCAUUGUAGAAUUGGAUCUUCAGUCGCUAAGAGAAAUAGACCCCAACGGCACGUUCAUAUUCGAAUUAGCCUCAAAGGUUAAAGCUUCCGGUUUUAAGAUAACAAUUGACAAUAAAAUUUUUGAUCACUCUAAGAGCAGAAAAUGCUCUACUAUUAAUGACUAUUUGAAGUUCUCUCCAAGUUCAACGAUAGUAGCACAAAUUGAGAUUUCAUCCUUAAGAAGCCACUUGAAAGUCAUACCAAAGCUAGACUGCAAAACUGAGCUUUCCAUUGUCACUACCAAAUUAACGUUCCCUAAGUUGACCCUAUUUGAUAGCUUCUGUGCUAUUGUUGACGAUGUGAGAUACCAUUUGUAUGAUAAAAUGAUAGUUCCUUACUCGCCUCGGGAUUCGGUCCACGAAAGUGGUACCGACAUCAGGAACAUUAUUUUUAAUCAAUUGCCAGAAUGGUUUUCCUCAGUUAAACUCAGUGUUUCCAGUUUUUAUGUGUUGCUAGCAUCCCGUUCUCUACUAAUCCCAAAAGAGUUAACUUCUCAAUUGUACAUUGAAAAUGUGCAAGAUUACGUGGACCGUUCUCUACGGCAAUUUAGUAUAUAUUUGAGCCAUUUCAAUGCUGAGCUGCUGAACUCUGGGGCAGAUGAUCGAAGCCAAGCGUCCCCAACUGAGUCGUCAACUGGAAGCUCAAACAACGAUGAUGAUAGCGAAGGGAGCCAAGGGGAUUAUAGAAGCGAGUAUAGUAAAGGUGGUGAAUCUCUUAGUGAUAAUGAAGAUCAAUACUCUUUUUGGAGAUUCGAUUCUAUGUUUUCAUCUUUAUCAGCCACUGUCCAUCACGAAAAUCACAAAGGAAAUAUGUUAAAACGUUCAAGGAUUUGCACAGUUGACCAGAUUAUUAUCCAGUCAAAAUGCAUUAAACUCCCCGAAAAAAGUCCUUUCGUCAGAAUCUUUUUCAAGUUUGGCCAGAUCAAUGCACAUGUAACAUUGACCUCAAUGUUUAUUCUACUUUCAGCCAUUCAUCUGCUCAAAUCAACUAUGAUACAAUCUUUAGUGGAAUUGUUCCAACAGGAGAGCUCCACUGAACAAGAUAAAAAUUCUACUCUGCAAGAAGUUAAACUUGGUGACAGAUUAAUUUUGAGUUGUCUGGUCAAUGGUUACCGUGUAAAACUUGGAAUGUCAAAUGACUUUAAUACCCUCAUUGAUGGAAACAAACUUAAAAUGAUCUACAAUGAGAAUCAGGAUGUCAUAAUUAAGAACACUCUGUUUCGACUUCACGUUGAGUCGCCAGCAGUCAAAGGGUACUGGGCCCAAUUUGUUAACAUACAAAAAGCAGCUUUAAUUAUCCGUCUGAAAAAGUUUUUAGAUCCUGAAGAUUCAAAGUCACACAUUUUGGAGGGUUCUAACUUGGGAUUCCGUCUCAAUAUUCCUAACCAGUUUGUGUUUCAUCAAUUGUUUGAUAAUAUGAUAACCUCGUCAAAAGUAAUACAGCAUUUGCUGCUUUCAUUGACUUCAGAUUCUGCAGAGGAUAUUUUAAAAGCACAUCCUGUGGAGCCUAUGAAAUUUCCAAAUUGUAAAUUCACUUCUUCAAGACUUGUUCUUACUAUGGAAGAUGAUCCUUUUGAAGCAGAGUUGGGUAUGAUAUUCAAACUGGGUUUGAUAGAACAAAAAGCUCGUUUGGCCAAACGUAAUUCCUUCAUUGAAAUGGCUAAAGUGUACAUGAAUGUUGUCAAUGAUAUUGAUAUUGAACAAACAGUUGAGCAAAUAGAGGUUGAACUUUUGAAUCCUCUGAUACCUCCUACAGACUCUCUCGACACAAAGAAGCUGCCUAGUUGUUCUCUUCAUGGCGAGGGAACCUUCGAAAUGAAGAGAGGACUGAGAUCGAAAUUGUAUCGCUUGAAAAGGCAAAUUUCAUUAACCUGGAUAUCUACGAUCAAGCUUUGCAAACUACAGAUGAAAAAGAUCAUUACAAAAAACUCAAAGUUUUUGUAUGGUCCUCUAGGAAAUUCAAUAUCGGAUGAAUUUGAUAGAAAAUUAAUUUCUGAAUUGAUCAGUUCACCGUUAGUAACCUUAAUACUUGAAAGUCCAACCAUCAUCAUUCAAAAGCCUACGUUUAGUUCCUUGACUGAUUAUCUUUACAGAGUUGGGAAAGGUUUGCCUUCAGAUACUGAAUAUGGGAUUCUUGCUCCAAUGAAUCUUAAUGUGUCUCUUAAUGAGUUGAGGAUCCAUCUCAAAGAUUUUCCUCUUCCAAUGUUGUACAUCCCAAAAGCAGAAACAGGAAAUACUUUGGAAUUGUCAGGGAAUUUAGUUAUCGCCGAGCAGUUUUUUGAAGGGCCUGCCUCCCUUAGAACUGCUUACGUUCCACUUGUUAGAAACGCAACUGAAGAGAACAGCGGCAAAUUUUACUCUUUAACAUUGCUGAAAACAAUCGCUUCGGUAAAAAUAUUUACUGAAUUAGGUCUUAUCAUCAAUGGUAAAAUUCCCACCAAGAUUAAUUGGUGUAUUUCUUACAAACCUGCCAUUCAGCAGGUGAUGACGAAUUUGGAUGCAUUCUCCAAACCUCAACUUGAUCCUUCUCCAAAAAUAGGAUUUUGGGAUAAAGUGCGAUCAAUCUUGCACGGAAAACUUAUCGUCAAUUUCGAAGAGGAAUCUUUUUUACAUUUUUGCAUUAAAGGAUCUAGAAGCCCUUAUGAGCUAUUGAACGAGUCAGCAGGAUUUGUACUUGUUUUUGAGAGAAAUAUUUGCCUCAGCAUUAAUAAGAAUAAUAACUCCACCGAGUUGAUUACUGUUGAAGCAGGAAAAGUUUUAUGGGGAAUUCCAAACCAUCUUAGUGAACCUCUUCUUGUUUGGUGUGCAGAAACUAAAAACUCUGUGUUUCUUCCCACCUCAAAAGCCUUUAUAACCGAUACUGUCUACUAUUUUUUUUUGAAUAGUGUAACAGAAAAUGAUAGACUAUUCAUUUCUAAGUUGAAAAGUGAAUAUUUUGAGAAAAUCAAUAUCAAGCUGACAGGGCAGGUCCGUUUUGUGUUUGGCUUUCUCUUUGAAAGAGUGGGAGACGAUGGCAAAAGGACAACUCAACUCCUUCCCCAUUAUAAAGUGAAGAUGAAUAACCCAAAAUUUAUUGACAAUCUGGAUACCUAUGAUGCUUACAGAGGUUUUAGGAGUGAUUUCAUACAUUUGACAAUAGCACUACAUUCCAAUGAAGCUUCUGAACACUCGAGAAAUAGUAUUCAUUUGAGUCCCGGAACUUUCAGUCUAUUUUUCAAAUGGUGGAAACUUUUCAACGGUGUUCUUGCUCUUCCGAUAAGGAGCGGGAAACUUUUCAACACAAGGGGAAAAUCUCAGAAAUUUUCUGAUUAUCUCUACACAAUUAAAUACCAGUUCUUGAUAGAACCACUCUACAUUGCACACGUUUAUCGAGAACGUGAGUUCUCCGAUGGGGAUACAAUUGGUGCCAUUGGCCUGUUGGGAAAAGUAGACAAGUUUGUCAUAGACCUACAUCAGAGAAAGGAAGCUGUGCUAAAACAAAAUCAGAAACUAGAGCUUUCCGAAAAGAUAUUCAAAAUGAGAAUGUAUCUUGGAGAAGCUUCUUUAGACUCCUUAGAUCUUAGAGUCAAUCAGGCACUGUUUGCUAAACCAAAAAAGGGAGAUGCAGUUGAGUCAGAAUGUCAUGAUGUACCUGGGGAAGAGAAAGUUAAAAUAGUUGUUCAUGAUAACGAUACUGAUUGGUUUGAUUAUGAUGAUUAUAAUGAAUGCAACCUUUCGUCUUUACGACACCAGGCCUGUGCAGUGAAAAUACUACCAUUAUUAUCGUCUGCUAAUUUCAAGUAUUUCAGAGAUACUGACAGUGGGGCUAGCUCGUAUACGAAUCCUUCAAAGUCUGAUUCCAUUGAGCCGUUUGGCAAUGAACCUUCUCAUAAAUGUCUUAUCAAUUCAGCUGAGCGAUCGGAGGUUGCCUCUGAUGCUAGCAAAGAGGGGAAAUUGAAAGAUGUAAAGUUCAGCAAUGAGUUCAUUGUAAAAGAUAUGUUGUUCAAGUGGACUUGUGAAGGGCGUAACCUACUUUUGAAGUAUAUUCACGAGGUCUCUUUCAUGAAAGAGAGAGGGAGUGUGUUGUGUUACGAGUCAUUUUCCAAGGUUCAAAAGAUCGUCGAGAGUAGCCAAAGUAGCGAUUCUGAUAAUGACUCGUGUACUAAUACGGAAUCUCCAUCAGCCAAGACAGAUCUUUCAGAUAAAUUAUUCGUAGAUGAAGAGGAGUAUCUGAGUUCUGACGAAAGUGUUCGCAAUUUUUUUGAAGAGCUUCGCAAAAUAAAGCUUAUAGAUGAAACCAAAGGAGAAUGUAACCAGGAUUACUUAGUUAAGCUCAUUUCCCCCCAAAUUCAACUGAUUACUCAUCCACAUUCAGACACAAUGAUGUUAGUUACUACUCCAUUAAUAGAACUUCAGAUUCUUUCACUUGGAGAAGUCAGCAAGGAUGUGAAUGAAUCUGACGGUAUAGGGUACAAACAUAUCAAACUGGAGACCAGAUAUGGAACACUGCUUAAUAAUGCCAACGUCUUUUGUCUUCAGAAAAGUCAAAUUGAAAAUGGCAAGCUCCCAAGGAGUAUAUUCAAUGACUGUAGCUACGGCUCACUAGAAUUAUGGCCUCCAUUUCUUUCUGUUGAAGGAAUGGAAGAUGAAGCAAUGUUAGACCUUCAACUUCUUGAGGAUACUUCUAUUGUAAUUCGUUACGACAGAAUGAACAGGCUUUUGAGGUCUAACGAAGACAAAAAUGAUAAACUUUCUGUUGACGUACCAAGCGUUAUGACUUCAGUUAACUCCAAGGAAUUCCUCUCCUCUUACAAGAUAGCAAUGGAACUUUUGCUUUACGUUGAACCCGUGAAUAAAGAACUUCGUGAAAAAAUACACAAAUUUGUUCUUGCCACAGACUUCAGCAAUUUGAAAGGCAUUUCGAAGGAGAUAUUAGAAAAACAUCAAAUGCUGAAUGCAUUAAAAGAUGUUACACAGAACUAUUACUUUCGACGAAUCGUGCUAGGGGCAGCUGAGAAUUUGGAGUUGCUCGCAGUAGAAAAGGCUACUUCCUCUUUAACAGAACAGCUUUUCCUUUUGGUCAAAGUCAUAUUAACAGGGGGAUCAUCUAUUCUUGACAAUAAAGAGGCACUUGAAUGGCGAAUCCAAGCAGAUAGACUUCUCGUGACUAUGUUGGACGUGAAUCAGACGCCGUUUGUUGCCCUAUCCGUGGAGAAUGUUUUGUUUCGCAGACUAAACUACGAUGAACGGUACUAUAAUCUAAUGGAGGUAGACAAGAUGUCAGCUUAUAACCUUGAAGGGCAAGUAUAUUUCCCCGAUCUGUUAGCACCGAUGGAGCAGAAUGAUGAGGAUGAGACCUCAUUUGUGAGAGUUCAAUGGGAGAUGUAUAGAAGCGUCGCCGGCAUUCAAGUUUUCAAGAACUUUGACAUACAUGUCAAACCCUUUAAACUUCAGCUUGAGCAAGAACUAGGUGAAAAAGUGAUUGAUUACAUAUUUCCGGAGCAUGAUGUGAAAGUUUUCGAAACAAGCACCAAUUUUCAAGAGUUUACAGAUUUGCAAAAAGAGUUGUUUCAGCUUUCGAGUGAAGACGGGGGAAUGUUGUUUCAGGAGUACCCCACUUCGGAAGAAGAUAAUACUGCAGAUGGGGAUGUCUCGUCUUCAUCCUCGAUAACUGGAAGUUCCAUUCUUGAAGAGGAAAGUUCGGUUACUAUUGCAUCAAACAGUGAGACAAAUCCAGAUAGCAUAGAAAAGAGGUCAAUUUCAGCAGGAAAUGACUAUCUCAGUGUUAUGUCUUACAGAGCUGAGACUUUCGCCGUCUUCAACAGUAUCAAAAUUCAAGAUCUUGUUCUUUCUAUUACAUUUAGAGGUAUUGGAGUCUUGAGGUUGAUUAAUGUCUCAGAUUUUGUAUUUCGGGUCCCAGAUCUAGAGUUAAGAAAUAAGAUAUGGUCGCUAAGGGAGUUGGUCAACUAUUUGAAGAAGGCAGUGCUUAAAGCAUUGUUAAAGCACACUGGAUCUUUACUCGGGAUAAGUUGA